UGCAGUGGGACUGUCAAGGCCGGGUUAGGGCCGCCUGGGGAGGGCGUCCGGAGUGUAGAGGCGGGGACAGUCGCGGUCGACCGGGAGAGAUGAGGAUGUGGGAGGGACUGCCGCAGCGGAAGCAGGGAGGACUGCGGGCACGCGGUCUCCGGGAGCAAGGCGUGGCUCUUUGGGGGGCUCCCUAGGGAGAAAAGGCGGGGAGGGGGCAGGGAAUAGGGAGCCCCCACUCCACCUCCAACCCGGGGACUGGUUCGCGCCUGCACUGGGCAGAGCCUCAAAUACGAGUUGCCACAGGCAACCAGCUAGAGUGACCGGGUCGUCCCGGUUUGCUUGAGAUGGUCUGGUUUUAGGAGCCAAGCAUCCACGUCUCCCCAGUCCAUUGCAGUGACCUUUUCCUGCCUCCCGUACCUGCUCUUUCCCGGGCCUGAACCCAGCAUAGACCUGUGAGGCUGGAGGAGGACCACAGACUUGGUUCACACUGCCUUUUUUAUGUUAGGGCGAAGGCACCCUCCACAACACCUUUCCAGCCAGGUCUGGACAUGCCUGACCUUGUGAGGUAAAAACUUCAAUGGGAGCCUUCCUUUCUUCAUAAAGAUGCAAAUAAUACGACAUUCUGAACAGACACUAAAAACAGCUCUCAUCUCAAGGAACCCAGUGCUUGUGUCACAGUAUGAAAAAUUAGAUGCUGGGGAACAGCGUUUAAUGAAUGAAGCCUUCCGGCCAACCAGUGAUCUCUUUGGACCCAUUACCUUGCAUUCCAGAUCAGAUUGGAUCACUUCUCAUCCUGAGGAUCCCCAAGACUUUGAACAAUUUUUCAGUGAUCCUUGCAGAAAGACUCCUUCUCCAGAGAAGCACAGCAUUUAUAUACAGUCCAUUGGGCAUAUUCUGAAGUUCUUAAAGAAGAAGAAACCUGAAGACGCCUUCUGUGUUGUGGGGAUAACAAUGAUUGAUCUUUACCCAAGAGACUCCUGGAAUUUUGUCUUUGGACAGGCCUCUUUGACAGAUGGUGUGGGGAUAUUCAGCUUUGCCAGGUAUGGCAGUGAUUUUUACAGUUUUCGCCAUGAAGGCAAAGUGAAGACCCUCCAGAAAACAUCUUCAAGAGACUAUUCCGUUUUUGAUAACUGUUAUAUUCCUGAAAUAACUAGUGUUUUGCUGCUUCGAUCUUGUAAGACUUUAACCCACGAGAUUGGACACAUAUUUGGACUGCGGCACUGCCAGUGGCUCACGUGCCUAAUGCAAGGUUCCAACCACUUGGAAGAAGCUGACCGGCGCCCUCUAACCCUUUGCCCUAUCUGCUUACGCAAGUUGCAGAGUGCUGUGGGCUUCAGCAUUAAGGAAAGAUACAAAGCGCUGGCGAGAUGGAUCAAUGAUGAAUCUGCUGACAAACCUGGAGUAACUCCGAAACACAGUCGGGAGGAUAGUGGGAAUUUACCAAAACCCGUUGAAGCCUUUAAGGAAUGGAAAGAGUGGAUAAUGAAAUGCCUUGCUGUUCUCCAAAAAUAAGGACCUUCAACCAGGAGUAAUUAAAAUAAAUACUUGCACAUUCUGCUUUCAUUUGGGUGGAGUACUUCAUUGGAAUAAACUAUUUACUGAUUCUGUGCGGUGUUCAAGUAACAGGACAGAACUUUCUUUAAAGCACCUGAAUUGAAAUGAGACUCAUUUUGAAUAAUAAAAAUUGUGUAAACU